AGACGCGAUCGCGAGCGAAGAGAGAGAACGGCAUGAAAUGAUGAAAACGACGGCCAUUCCCGGAUUCUUCCUUCUUUCUCUCUUCCUCUCUCUCUCCCUUCUCACUUACCUCCGAUACCAUCGCCGUCCUUCUCCGCCGCAAAGCCGCCAGGAUUAUCUCGGAUCCACCCAAGAUCUCAGGAUCCGAGGCGGUUACUCCUCCUACGACGCCUACAUCCGUCGCCAGCUCGACAAGACGCUCAACCCAAAGCUCCGGAAAAUCUGGACCACCCGAGACUGGGACCGGAAAAUAUCCGUUUUCUCACAGUAUUUUCAGAAACUCCAGGGCGAAAACCUCCUGAAAAACUCGUCCAAGUCUCUGUGUAUCGGAGCUCGGGUCGGGCAGGAGGUGGAAGCUCUGCGACGGAUAGGAGUAUCGGAGUCGGUGGGGAUAGACUUGGUUCCAUAUCCGCCAUUGGUGUUGAAGGGAGAUUUUCACGAUCAGCCAUUCAAGAAUGAGACGUUCGACUUCGAGUUCUCGAACGUGUUCGAUCACGCGCUGUAUCCGGAGAGAUUCGUGGGGGAGAUAGAGAGGACGUUGAAGAAAGGAGGGGUGUGUGUGUUGCACGUGACGCUGAGCCGGCGGCCGGAUAAGUACUCGGCGAACGAUCUGUACAGCGUGACGCCAUUGAAGGAGCUGUUCAGAAGAUCGGAACUGGUUCACGUACGUAAAGUUGACGCUUUUGGGUUAGACACAGAAGUCGUCUUUCGGAAGAAACAAUGAUUUUAAUUCUAAUUAUUUUCGUCGCGGCAAAUUAAAGGACUUUUCUUAUUUUCCCUUUUUUUUUUGUUGGAUGAAUUUAUAGUUUGUAGAAUCUCUGAAGAUUUGGAAUGCUGCAGUUGUAUUUAAAGUUUAGAAAUUGCAGGUAGUUCUGCUUUCUUUGUUGGGGUUCAUUUUGACCCUUUUGUUCAUAAAUUGAAAUGGAAAGUAAAUUAAUGUCUAGAAAUUAUAUUUAAA